UUUGGUUAUGCGCAAACUGAAAAGAAAAGGCUAGUGCACUGCGUAACACUUGUUUUGGUUCAAUGGUGCAAAGUAACUUAAUGCCGAUGUCUUCUUCCCUUAUCAUUGUCAAGUCUACGAGUAGAUCUACAAGCUGGUUGUAGAUACAAUACAUUUUCAAUGAUUGUCAACAAGAAAAGAAAUAUUAGCAGUGAAACUGCAUAUAAAAACUUUAAGUGUCAUCAAUCUGACCAUAUUUUUAAAAUAGAAGGCCAAACAUUUAAUUUUGAUGUAGAACUCACCGACCUCAUCCUCCAUUUCUUGAGAACCAAGUGUAAAAUAAUGGAGAGCCGGCCCGAAACUGCCCAGUUGACCAACAUCUCUGCUAAGACUUUAAAUGAAUUCCUAGAGAAAAUAAUCAUUCCAAAUUUCGAUGUUCAACUUUUUGGGGCCAGACUUAUGGUUCAGCUCUGGGAUGCUGCCAAAGUCCUGCAGAUUCCUAUCCUUGUUGAAACCUGCGAGACUUUGGUCGGUCAGAUGGUUGAUUUCGAUACUUUUGAUGCAAUAUAUAAGAGAGCCAGACGGUACCGUUCAUAUGGCGUCCUCUGCAACGUCCGCAGGUAUUUGCUUGGCAUGUUUGAGGGUUACGAUAGAAGUGUUUUAAUUUCUACUUUAACUUACGAAGACAUGUUUUUUGUUGUCAAGAACGAUAACCUUUUUGUGAAAGAUGAGGAACUUGUUUUACAGUUCAUUUUCGAAUGGGCAGAACAUUUCGAAAUGCAAGCCCGAAGCGAGGAAUCAGGACCAUGUGACAUUGAGGACCUUUCUCUGGGAAACGAGGAAGCAGGGCCUAGUAGUCUGGAGGAACUUUCUCUGGGAAGCGAAGGGGUACACACUCAACUUUUCAACAAGAAAAAUAAACUUUCUAAACCCAAAUUAACCAAGUUCGCUAGUCUAUUGAGAGUCUCUAGAUAUGGUUUGGCCAGCUUGGAAUAUCUUCAAGAACUCUCCAAACAUCAUUUGUGCGAGAGAGACAAAGAAGCGAAACUCGUUAUAACUGAGGCCAUCAACUACAAGCUAGAGAGAGAUACUCACGGAUACUGGCCUCCUUUUGCUAUUCAAAGAGUUUGUCAGAAUCGGGAUUUCAAACACAUAGGUGUGAUCGCUGAAGGUAAUAAAGUCAGACUACUGAAACUUGAAAAACACUCCUGGCAGAAACUUCGCAGAUGUCCACUCCAUGCAAUAAUAACCAAUUUAAUUAUUUUUGAUGAUAAGCUGUACGUUAUAAACAGAACUGACCACGAAAGUCUGAUCUUUGUUUAUAAAAGAAAGAAGUGGAAGUUUGUUAUAGAUCUUCCCAAUAAGAACUUCGUUGUUGUCGCUAAAGGAAAUUGUAUCUACGCCAUAGACGGCACAAGCAGAAGCGUCAAAUGUGUGUCGCCGAGAGAGACUCCAGUUCUUCACAGCGAGAUCAAGUUCCCUGACAUGAUGAGAAAUCCAGAGAGUGCUUUAGACUUUGACAAAAGUAUCUUGAUUUUCUGUUCGACUGACUCUGUUGAAAGGUCGACAGUGAUUUCUUUAGAAGUGCCUGAACAUAAAUGGACUGACUGUGGAUACCUAGAUGGUUCAGCUACAAAUUUGGUUGGCUUCAGGAAGGAAAGAAACUAUUUUAUCUUACAAAGAGACGGAUCAUUAAGUCAGGUGUUGAGGAAUGAAGAAGAUAACAAAAUAAGUAUUACAUUCAUUAGACGUCUGUGGUCUAUACAAAAUUCACUUCGGGGCGCCUUCAUCUACAGAGACCAUCUUAUCUUAUUUGGAAAUGCUCCGAUGGAGAGUUCAUGUCUUCACGGAGUUUUGGGCCUGUUUUGGAAAAUCGAGUACUGGUACCAAACUGAAGAGACCAGCAACUUUGUUCACAUGUUUAUGCACAGGGACGACGUGUCUUGGGACAUAUGGGCAUAAGUUCUUAUGAUGAUUGAUAUGUCUUAAUAUAUUGGUCUCCUGCCCUUAAAUGUAUCCUUUGUGUGUGUCUUAGUAAAAGAGGGUGUGUGAAUGAGUUUUGGGUAUGAGUUAGCCAGCCUACUUUUGUGUUAUCACACAUUUUUUUUUCAACUUUUCCCCAGCCUUUUUUUUUCAUGAAGAAUCUUUUGUCUCUUUAAUAAUCUGUCUUGAUUAUAAGUUUUAAAAGCUACAUCUAUAUCCCAUGCCCUAAACUGUAGCUGGUUUCUUUUUAAUCAUCGCUUUCUAUUAAUUAAUAAUUUAUAUUCGGAUCCUUUUCUUUUUGCAGACAUGUGGCUGGGAGGGGAGGUUGAACUUGUAUAAAGAAAGUGGAUGGGGGGGGGGAGGUUAACUGUAGAAGACUCAAUGAUUUUUCAGGUCCAAUUUCUUUUGCAGACAUCUAGAGGGAGGGGUAACUGGUAGAAGAGACUCAAUGUUUUUCAGGUCCAAUUUUUUUUGCAGAUAUAUAGAGGGAGGGGUAACUGUAGAAGAGACUCAAUGAUUUUUCAGGUCCAAUUUCUUUUGCAGACAUAUAGAGGGAGGAGUAACUGGUAGAAGAGACUCAAUGGUUUUUCAGGUCCAAUUUUUUUUGCAGACAUAUAGAGGGAGGGGUAACUGGUAGAAGGCUUUUGUGAUUCCAUCUUUUGAUCAGCUAACACAUCUUUUGUUCAGCUAACACAUCUUUUGAUCAGCUAACACAUCUUUUGUUCAACUAACACAUCUUUUGUUCAGCUAACACAUCUUUUGAUCAGCUAACACAUCUUUUGUUCAGCUAACACAUCUUUUGAUCAGCUAACACAUCUUUUGUUCAGCUAACACAUCUUUUGUUCAGCUAACACAUUUUUUGAUCAGCUAACACAUCUUUUGAUCAGCUAAGACAUCUUUUGAUCAGCUAACACAUCUUUUGAUCAGCUAACACAUCUUUUGAUCAGCUAACAAGCCAGAGUUAAGCUGACAAGGGCACCAAGACAAGAGACCUUUUUCUCUUUCCAACCUGAAUAGGGCCACCGUUGAUGGGAGAAAUGGAAUAGAGGCUCAGUAUGUUUUCACUCCAAAUGUUUCUUUAUCUGUGUACAGAAGGUCCUGGCUAACAAAGUGGUCUCUCCAAAACAAUUAUAUGGAAUGAAACUUUAACGUAACAACGAAAUAAGUGACUUAUUUGUUCUACUCAUUGUUAUAUUCAGUGUUCCAUUUAGCAGACUAGUCGGUCUUGUAUCUCUUCAAACAUCAAACAAUACAGAAUACACUAUCAGCAGGUCUUG